AUGGGUCUUUUAUCAGAUCCAGAAUAUGGAUCGGUGAAAUGGGUUAGAAUUCUGAAAAAAGUAAACGGGCCGCUGUGUUUUUUGUGCUACAUUGCAGCAAUUGUGUGGUUCUUUAUGCUGGCGAAUAAGGAGUUCAAUAAUGAGACUUAUUUUUCGGAAAACGCCUUACUUCCUGGGUUAGUUACCAAGGAGUUUAAUGCGGAAUCUUCAGCUAACAGAUUCUUUAGUGAAUUUUUGCAAGAAUUAGAGGAUAAGUACCAGGAAACUGAUGCAAUUCCAGUGCCAUGGCUUGUUGCAAAAAUGUCCCAGUUACAUUUGGAAGUGUAUACACAUAACUUUACACUUAAUUAUCCUAUGGGACAAGGCCAGGUCUACCGAGGCACAAAUGUGUACGGAAUACUUCGUGCCCCUCGAACUGCAUCACUUGAAGCGUUGGUGGUGUCAGCUCCUUUCCGACCAAUUUCUUCUCAUCAAAAGGGCACUGCAGCUAGCAUAGCACUAAUGUUAGCUUUUGCUCAGUUUGCUCGUCCACAGAAAUAUUGGGCAAAGGACAUUAUAUUCCUUAUCACUGAACAUGAGCAACUUGGGAUGCAGGCGUGGUUAGAAGCAUAUCAUGGCCUGAAAAACGAACCCGGUACAUUCUACACUAGCCUUGGAAGCUUCUGGAAACCUGGAACACCUUCAUUAGAUCUUAGGAAAUUAACAUCAAAGAUGGAGUGGGGAGAAGAUCAUACAAGGUGCUUAGAUCCAGGUAAACUACAAGGAAGGUCUGGGUCGAUUCAGGCUGCAAUAAAUCUGGAGUUUGAAACACCUAAAAUCAAGUACAUAGAGGUGAAAAUUGAAGGACUGAACGGACAGUUGCCAAAUUUGGAUCUAGUUAAUUUAGUGCACAAGUUGUGUGUAAAGUCUGGUAUUCACCAUUCAUAUAAGAAUAGUUAUUCAUGGAUACGGCAUAACAAGAUGGACGAAUGGGUCAACGGAAUUUGGACUAUGCUGGGUAUGGUCAACACAUUGUUUCCUGGGGUUCCAAAUGGCAACCACGGACUGUUCCAUCGCUUCGGAAUCGAAGCUGUGACCCUCGAAGGUAGAUAUGCAGAUGAUCAAGCCGGCAUCCCACCUAAAGUAGUUUCCCUCCCUGCAGCCAAUUUCUACCGGUUGGGCAUUGCAUUGGAGAGCAUACUUAGGUCCCUUAACAAUUUACUGGAAAGAUUCCAUCAGAGCUACUUCUUCUAUCUUCUUGCAGCAACAAAUAGGUUCAUUUCUAUUG